GUUGCGGUUGACAGACGAUGGCGGAGACUCUGACAGAGAAAGUCGCUGCUUUCUCCCGCAGACCCUCGCGCUUCCUGUCCGUCACGUCAGCGGAGGUGUUUCUCGCAGAGCUGCUCCGUGAGCUGCGCGAUGACAGAGCCAGCGACACCAUCAAGGUCAGGCUGCUCUCGCCGCUCCAUGAGCACCCGGCGCUGCUGUGCUGCUCCGCCGCGGUGGGAGAGGAGACCGCCCUGGAGCUCAUGUCCGUGUUCGCCCAGUGUCCAGCCAAGUCCCUGCAGUUCCGCUGUCACCUCCUCUUGGCUCUGACCUCGGUCCUGGUCUGCUCCUCCUGCGUGGACAGCCGCUCCCAGGCAUCUCAAGACUUCCUGGACCUGCUCCUGAAGCUCGCGCAGGACCUGCACGGUGACGGCUGUCUACGAACCACAGCAUGUGACUGCCUGCGGGAGAUGGAGGCCUGCUCCCCUGGUCUCCUGGCCCAGAGACUGGAGUCUCUGGCCAGUCUCCGCCUGAAGGAGACCUCCAGACUACACCAGGCGUAUGCAGGACUUCACACACUGGUCCUGAGGAACAGUAUUUACCAACUGGCCAGGGAAAGUGGGGCCACCGCAGAUCAUCUCAAGGCCUUACUGGGAGUUGGAAGCUCAGUUUCCUGGGAGGCGGAGCAGAGUCCUCCACCUCUGAACAGGGAUGACUCAACUGUGCUGUCCUCGCUGGUUCUCUGUUCCUCAGUUCCCACUCUGCACACUGGCCCGGACUGCAAGGAGCUGCGCUCGAUUCUCUCUUCACUCUUGGAGGACUCCUACCUCCUGACCCCCGUGUGUCAAGCAGCUCUGCUACAUAGACUGGUGGAGGUGGUUGCCAUGGUGCCUGGGGUCCUUCCAUCCAUCUUCAGAGCCCAACUGCUGCGACUUCUAGGAACAAGUGAGGUGUGUCUGUUCCACUGCACCCUGCUGAUGAAGCGCGUGUUCACCGACAGCCUGUUCAGUGCAGAAGAUGAGGCCUUCACGCUGAAGCGGCUGGUGGUGCUCUCUCAGCACCCUCUCAUGACCACGCCAGAGAAGCUCUUCUAUAUGGACUGUAUUUUACACUUUCCUGAGAACAGACCAAUUGGCAGCGAUGACAUUGAAGAGUCCCUCCCAGUGCUGCUGACCCCCCGACUGGCCUCCCCGUUACUGCCCUCCAUCCUCAGCGACAGUGCCACCAUGCUGGCCCGCUUUAACCUUCUGUGCCUGGUCUACCUGGAGGAGGGGGACGAGGGUGAGGGUCUGGUCUUCCUCUACGAGCACCUGUGCUCUUUGCUCAGGGUGGUGGAGAAUGGAAGCAGCAGAGAAGUCACUGUCACCUUCUUCAGGGCUGCCUUUCUGUUCCUGCGGCACUUCAGCGAUGUGGAACAGUAUUCCAGCUGUUUCACAGAGAAGCUGUGCGCACUCUACAACCGUCACGCUCACUUGGCGCCGAACCUCAUUAACCUGGCCAAUCAGACAGUGGAGCGCCUCCCUGAGUCCACCUGGGGUGUUGGCCUGCUUCAAGCUGUACAGGAAGUCAUAACACAGGCCCCGUUCAGCUGCCUCAAUAAGCAAGACCUUCGCUGGCAUCUCAUGGUUCUGGCCAGAGUAGCUAAGGAAGCUGACAUCGCUCAGCACAGCACGCUGCACUUCCUGUCCAGCACCUUGUUGUCCCUAGGUGGUGACUGGCGCCUGGGGAACGCACUCCUGGCAGUUUGCCGCCAGCUCUUGAUCCAUCCCACCCUGGACUCCCUGCUCAUACGGCUGGCUGACCUCUUGCAGCAUCUGUUCUGCUCCUACGGAGACACAGAUAUCCAGGAUCACGCCCGCCUCUACUACAGCCUCCUCACCACGCUGUCAGGGGAGAAGCUGGCCGGGGUUUUGGCGCAGGGGGUGAGGGACGCAGGCAGUCGGGUCAAGCCGCGCUCUUUGAGCUGCAUCAUGGCUGAAAGUGAGGGGCUGACCAGCGCGCUGACCAUUCACCAGACUGAAGGACCCGUUUUUAGACUGGUGUCCAAACGUGCCUCUGAGCCUCGACAGUCAGAGGAGGCGCUUCCCGGACCAACAGAGAGCCUUACGGGACUGCAGUCAUACAGAGCCCAGUUCAGCGACUCCAGCUUCACCUCAGAGGUCUGCCUGCACUACCAACUGGCUCACGUCGAUGACGCGGCGUCAACUCGCUUCCAGCAGCUCUUCAGUAUCCGCCUGCACUGCAGCCUUACCGACCAGAACUAUGAGGAGCUCAGUGACAUCAGUGUCCCCUGCCUCUUCAGUGGAAGGCCUCCCCCUGAGGUGACUCUCAGACUGAAACCCAGGCGUCCCUUCCCCACCAAGCUUUGCAUCAGUGGCAUCUUCACCACAGAAGACGGCCUCUCCUGGCACACUGUGCUGCCAGAUGUCCAAGUGACCUUUCAGCAGCUCUUCAGUCCCCUCCCAACCCCUUCUCCUUGGAACAACAGCGCGUCUCUGAGUUUGUUUGAGGAGCUGUGGGAGGAAAUCUGUGUGAAAAGUGGGGGAGACAGUGACUGCACUGUCAGUCUGUUUUGUUGCCAGAUGGAGCCAGCAGAGCUGAAGACACUUGUAGAGAACAACUUUGCUGCCUAUCUUAUACGGUGUGAGGACCGAGUAGAGGACAGAGUGCUGGUCUUCCUCCCGCCGCGCUCUCACGUGCUGAUGAAGAUCCGGCCGGAGGAGGAUGCCGUCCACUUCAGCAUCGCCACAGACGACUGGCAUCUUCUGCCUCAUGUCAACUCCCUUCUGACCGCGCUAACAUGCUCCCAGGAGGUUAGGUGAGGUCCCAUCGUGAUGCAGCGUCUCCUGUUUUAAUGUUUUAGUCGAGUCAACGGAUCCCUGUACGCACUUUAAUUCAAUGAAAUCUCAAACAAUUGUUUUGAUUCAUAAUAAAUGUAUUUUCAGAUAUGGAUUAAACACAUUUGAUUACAUAUUUGGUGUGUAUUUUUCACUUAGUCAGCAACAGUACUAUGAACACAGGCCUUUAUUUUAUUUGAGGAACCAAAGGUCAAGAGAUGUUUCAUGCAGCUCCAUUAAACUAAAAAUUCUUUUUGCCAUAUACUGUUAAAGUGCUCUAUUUAUUUAUUUGUUUUGCAGUCAGUUAGUUCUUUGCAAGUGUCAAUCAGAU